AUGGUUGUUCGUUGGGGCUGGCGCCAUGGCCUGGCCUGGCUGUGCGUGGCAGCCGUGGUCACCUUUGUGCAACAACACGCCCCGAUGCAGCCAGAGCCAGGCCUUCUUGGCUCACGACCUGGCAACAUCACAGUCAGUCUCGAUUGUGGAAACUUGUCGGCCCCAGCACGAUUGCCCUGUGUAGCGUUGGUGCCCGGCUUGGACGUGCAUGCAACCUGGAACCACCUGCGCGCUUGGCCUUUGGAUUUUCGCGGCGUGACGGCCUCAAGCCACUCGGAGCUCCUAUAUCGCCGCAGCCCUGACGCAGCUCCCUGCAAUUUGCCUGGUCAAGAUCUGGUGCGUUGCACGCAAGCCCCAGCAUCCCCAGAGUGCCAGCACAGCUUGAAGCAACACUGUCCUCAACAACCCCACAAGGAUACAGCCUACCUCUACUUCUCCACUCCGCUUUCAGAUGCUGCUCUGCGCGAUGAGCAUCAGCUCGGCCUGCCACCAAGAUGGCACCACCUCUUGCAGCACCUACCCCCUGUGCUCAAUCAAACUGUUCCCGAUUUGCGAGCUCAAGACAAAAGUGAUUUGCGCCGGCGCAUCCCUCGGGCCCAGCCCCUAGAAGCUCGCAACCUCUGGAUUGGUUCGGCUCAGGUCGCAGCCAAGCUGCAUUAUGACACCUCACACAACUUGUACCUUCAGUUGGCAGGCUGUAAGAGCUUUUGGCUCUGGCCUCCGACCACCAUUGGCACGGUCUGGCCCGUCUAUCCGGCCCUACACGAGCACAACCGCCAGGUUGCUGUUCCCUGGACACCGCCAUCAGGCGCGGAGACUUUGCAUGCCGACUCAGCCGCCACAGCCUCGACACCCUUGCAUGUGACACUCGAACCAGGACAAGCGUUGCUCCUGCCUGCCUACUGGUUGCAUUACGUGCGUGCGGAGACGGCAUCUGUGAGCGUCAAUAGCUGGGUCGAAGCGCCCAGUGUGGUCCUCCUCAACGAGCUCUUGGCCAACCUGCUCCCCUUUGCCAGUCGCCAUUGGCCUCGAGACCAGAUGGCCAUCGCCAUUCAGCGCUACGUCCCAGCAGUCGUGUCAGCCCUCCUGCCAACAGUCGAAGCACAGCGUGCUUGGAGCCAGGCCCACCUUGUCCAAGCGCCGAGUUUGGAUGCUGGACAAUCAGCCACUUGUUCCAGCUCUCGGGCCCGUGGAUUGGACACUUUGAUCGAGCCGUACGUUCGCGACGUCGUUGCUACCUUUCAAGCCAUGCCUGCCGAGGAGCAACCCAUCCUGCUCAGCGUGUGGACCCAGGCCCUGGCCAGUCUGGUUGCCCCAAUGAACGAGCAGGUCUCGUUCUUGACCCAAUGCUGUGGCCUAGCAGCUGAAGAAUUCGCGCCAGCCCCAUGA